CCGUCACACCGCCCACCGACCCCGAGCCGCUUUCGCGUCCCCGGCGGCGGUGAUGGCGACGACGACGACGACGACGACGACGACGACGCGCAUCGAUCGCGUCGCCGCUUCGUCGUCGCGCGCGGCGAGUCGGAGACGUUCUUCGACUUCGACACCGAAAAGCGCGACAGCGCGCAGCCGGACGACGGUGCGACGCGCGACGACGAGCGAUGACGACGUUGCGGACGACGCGUCGACGAGCGAGCGCGCGCGGGUCGAGCGAUGGCGCGCGCGGGCGCGAACGAUGCGGGCGAAAAUACUGAAAGGAUACUUGGCGAGGCUGGGCGCGCGGAGCGACGACUGCCUGGAGAAGGACGAACUCGUCGAUCGCUUGGCGGAAACGUGGAUGACGAAGUGCGAAAAUUUUGCAAUCACGGUGCCACUGCGACAGCUCGGGAACAUUGGUGGGAACCCACGGUCGGGGUACGCGCUGGUGACGUUGGACGUCGGCGGCGACAUCGGGUUGUGCGAUUUCGUCAUCGACACGGGCGCGACGACGGCGUUGAUCACGCCCAAGGCGCUCGACAUGUUGGACAAAGACCAAGUGAAAGAGGGCGCCGCGGUUCGGGGGUUGACCGGGACCGGGGAGACGUUGCGACAAAAAGUUUCCAUCUCGGAGGUGCGGUUGGGGAGCAAGGAGUUCGUCCUCGACGCCGUCGUCACCGAUUUAACCGCCGUCGGCUUGCCGGCGACGAUCGGUGGUUUACUCGGUCUCGAUUGGCUCGGAAACUUUGAGGUAGAGUUCGACUUUGAACAGUCGGUGAUUACGUUUUGGCCGCCGGGCAGCGUGAAGAACGGCGCCGUGGCGGUCGAAGAUCUCGUGCGCGUCCGGUUGAACCAGCAUCCCGUGGGGUUGAAAACGGUGCGUUGUUCACUGAAUGGCGCCGAGCUCGACGCCAUCGUAGACAUGGGUUCGUUCUUUAGCGUCGUGAAUUGGAUGGCGAGCACCACCGCAGGGAUCGGUCCGGACUCUGACAAAGUCAAACGCGGCGGCUUGCAAGUCACGGGUGUCGACGGCAAAAGCAUGGCUAUGGCGAUGGCGCCGUACGAUUUGCGCGUGCUCGGUGACGGCGAAGAAGAUUUGACUUCCACCUACCAAGGAAUGUGUUGCAUCGGUGACUUACCCGCGUUCGCGGCGCUUGGUGCGAGCGUAUCGCCAUUCAUGGCGUUGGGUCUCGACGUCAUCGGGCGCGGUCGAAUGGUCUUCAACGCCAAAGACAACGCGAUGUACUUGUCUAAGGGCGACGUCACGUACGGUGUGUGA